UAAUAAUGAUAAGAAGGAUAAUGAUGUAGGCCUAAUUGUAUUUUCUUGCAGUAACUUCCGUUAAGUGCGCAAAGUUCAUCAAACACAGCUGAGCGCAUUUCAUUUUUCUUUUAGCGAAAUAUUCAGCGUUCUGAUACAACCUGUUAUUUACUGAAGUUCGAAUUUUCGGCUUGUCAUUCAUUUAAGCUGUUAGUAAAAACUAAUUUCCUCUUUUAAAAGUUUUUUUUCUUUUUUAAGCAUGAAGACAGACGCGUCAAUGCGCAACUUUCAGGGUGAGACAUUAAAAAAGGGAAGUUAUAGCAGUUUUGAUACAGGCUGCACUUUGUUCAUACUAUAUAAAGGCUGCGUUCCUGCUGCACAGUAACGCGAGCAGUCAUAUCCGCCUAGUUACAUUUGGCAUCCAUCAAAAACAGGAUGACCUACAAUUAAUAGGAAGAGUAGUUGUUCGAUGGGAAUAUUUCACACAUCUUGAGAAGCAAAUGAGGAAAAUACAUGUGUUCUGAUUGAAAGCAAUACUUAGCUGUUAUAGGAGUUUAUUAAAGAGAGUUGGUCAACUGUAUGACUUUUCAGCUAGCUUGCAUUUUUAAAUGUUAUAUAGGUAUCUAGUUAUUUAGCCUGCGUUUUUAUACAAAUGGGUUUCGCAGCACACGUGGAUUAGGGGAACUGGCUUAUUACAUAUUUUUUUAAUUCCUGAAACAAUUUUCCUUCGCUUAUUUAAAAUUCAGCCACUGGAAAUAUUCAUACGGACACGAACUGUAUGAAUUUAUCCUCGGAGCCUAACCAAUCAUCUGUAGAAACGCAACUUCUGCUUAAGAGUACUUGGACCAUGCAGCUGCUGAAGUUUUCGAGCUGUGUAAAGACUUCUCAUCUUUAAGGAGAGGAAACAGCCGUUUUCACCAACACUUUAAAUAUGAAAGUAUAAGUGCAUAUCGUAUUUAAUACCGAGUAUAUGUACGCUAGAAUGAUGUAUGGACAUACAGCGGAGACGAAUAAUUUUUAUUCGUUCGAUUUGAAUUUUUUGUCUUCGAGCUACUCCAGUAAAUUGUUUUUCGACUCAAGAAAAAAAUGCCAGCUUUCCUUCGCCGAUAGCCCCCUUAUCCCUGGAUAUUCUGCAGGUACGGCACUUUUCGCAUGUCGUGGUCCGCUUCAACCUUCGGGAUCUCAGCUUCGCUGCGCUGCGGCGAAUACGGAGCCUUUAAAUGGCUGCAGGACUUGGGCAAACCAGGCGUACCUAAAUUACAGGUACGGGAUGGAGCGUGACCCGACACCCUCUCAGCCAUCUGUUGCACAGUCCGGAAGCCUUAAGUUUGGGAUUGAUCGGAUACUGUCCACCGAUUUUGACAUAAAGGCAAAAGAAGCCUCCACUUUCAGGGAUCUCGUAUCCACUGUUAGCAGAGAAGGUUUUUCGGGACUCAGUUGUUACGUGCAUUCUGCGACAGACCGAUACUACUCUUCUUUAGAUACACGUAACGCUUCUUCUGCGCCGCGUUCAGAUGGCGACGCGGCAAGAGAAAUAUCGCAGCAUCAGAUACAAGAAGGCUAUCCAGGUCCGUACGCAGUCCUCGCAAAGGAUGCGGCGCCUCAGACGAAUAGAAGAAAAAGGUCGUGGUCGAGGGCAGUGUUUUCCAAUCUGCAGAGAAUGGGACUGGAGAAACGAUUCGAGGUCCAAAAGUAUGUUACUAAACCAGACAGAAAACAACUCGCAGCGAUGUUAGGUUUAACGGAUGCCCAGGUUAAAGUAUGGUUCCAGAAUAGGAGGAUGAAAUGGCGACACUCGAAGGAAACCCAGACGCAGAAAAACAAAGCACAGCAGACUAAUUGCUUGAUAGCUGGCAGCCUGGAAGCCGUUCAGAAGGAUCACGAAUCCGGUUGUGAGAGUGAAGGGACCGAAUCUGAAUUCGAUGAUGGUCGGCAAGGGUGAGGGCGACGCUUCAGCCAACAAUUUAAUGUCAGGAGCUGAUCUGAGUGACGAUGAACAUAGGGGAACCGCAUUGCUGUUUUUCUCCGGCAUUUUAAAGAAAACAUUUGGAUUAAGCAUUCUAAUUUUGUAAUUUGUGAAUGGGACAGCAUUAACAUUCAUAUACCAAACACCCGAACUAUUGAAAGAGUCUCACUAAGUACAACCGACUUGCCAAGCUUUGCUUUUCUAACAACUUCUGUAGCUUAUUCACCUUUCAACAGCCUAAUUGUAAUGAUACCGUUUUUGGAUUUUUAUUUAUAACCUUAGAUAAUAGUUUGGCAGGCAUUAUCAUUUGUAGGCUAUACUAUAGUUUGAUUUGUGUAAUGUAUUAUACAGUAUGUCUUCGUUGCAUUUUUAUACCCAGAAACGUGUAAAAAAAAUUGUCAUCAUCCAAUUUGUAUUCAUCAAAGACAGCCACUUUUAACAUGAAAAUAGUUCUACUGUUGUCAUGGGUAACUUUUCAUCUGUACUGAUAGGAUCUUCCUAAAAUGCUUAACAUGAAAAAGCAUAAUGUGCCUUAAUGUCCCGAAACAACAGUUUAGGAAAGACAAAUUUCUCUCACACUUCAGUGGUCAUAAACACGGUUUAUUGCCAUAUGCAUGAAACUAUGAUCCAAAGGAAAAAAAUAAUAAAAUUAGCAAAUGGAUGUAGACAGCCUAAAACAGUCAAAAACAAACACCUCAAGGAGAUAAGAGGGUAUAUAUAGGCUUAGGGCCUGUAUAAAGAAUGAUUUUCAUACCCCUAACUAGUUUUUCUGGAGACACAAUUUAUUUAAAAUAUGGUAGUCCUAUAUAAGGCACAACACAAAACAUUAGAGAAUAAUACAAAGUUGAAUAGUUUCCCCCCCCCAUAAAAAACACUUAAUGGAAAAUGUAAGGCUUUAGUAAAAUAAAUUUGACAGUCUGCUUUGAGACAUUCGUUUGAGAGGAUUUUUUAUUAUUUUUUUUAAGUUGCCGUUUAGCUACAUAUGCCAUGUUAUAUCUUUUCCUUAUAAAGGGCUUGUAUACGUGGUUGAAUAUUACAAUUUAUAUCUCAUUUUAUAAUAAAUAUCUUUGUUUUAAGAUGUUGUUUUGAUUAAUUAAACCACGUUAAGGUUUCCCUGUGCCGCUUUGCUAUACUUCUACGUAUUUUGGUGAAAUUUCUUUAUCGGUUGUAAUGAAAUAAACAUAAAAUCAAUGCUGA